CCCGAAUUAUCCGUGCAGUGUUCCAGCGGCCGGCGGUCCCCGCGCGCGCCAGCACUCGGCAAUAUUAGCCGCACAUAUCAUAACGUUGUCCAUGCGAGAUUUAUAUCCGAGGUAUAAAUUAACCGCUGUAUUGUGGGAUCAACGCCGUUUGAUCUGUUAUUCGCAUCAGUGUCGGCCGCGAGGUGGAACGUAAACAGUGGGAUUUAUGUGGUUACGACGGUGGUGGAUGAGCAGUGCGCGAGUGAGGGUCAUGUGUGACGUCACAUGGUGCGGGGCUGGUGUGCUGGAGCCCAGCAGUGGUCGCUGGUGAGGAGUGACGGCGUGGCACCAUGUCGCGGCGGGAGGUGCGCGUCGAGCGCGCUGACUAUCCUCUGCCUCCGCCUAGCAAAUGCGCUAAAGUACUGUACUACACGUGGAAGCUAUGCUCGGUGGUGUUCUCGCACUUCGUGAUGAUCAGCCUGGUGGUGGCCUACUGCAUCCUCGGCGCCGUCACCUUCGAGAAGCUCGAGGCUGAGCACGAGAAGGAGGUGAAGCGGAACAUAUCGCAGCUGCGCAGCAACACGACGCAGAGUAUCUGGACGAUGACGCGCACCGUGCCGCUCUUCAACCAGACCAACUGGACCUGCGAGGUCGUCGACAUGCUCAAGGACUUUGAGAACGCGAUCCUGCUGGAGAUGAAGGUGCGCGGCUGGGACGGCAACGAGAGCACCGACCACAUCCAGUGGACCUUCACCGGCGCGCUCUUCUACUCCAUCAUCGUCAUCACCACCAUCGGUUACGGGCACAUAGCCCCGAAGACGCAGACAGGCAAGGUGGUGACGAUAUUCUACGCCAUCCUGGGCAUCCCGCUCAUGCUGCUGUGCCUCUCCAACAUCGGUGACGUCAUGGCCUCCUCCUUUAGGUUCCUCUACUGGCGUGUGUGCUGUUACGUGUGCACUCGACCACCAAAGCGACGCCAUAGACACCAUCACUCUACCAGGCGGUCGGUCCGCGGCGGCAGCACGCGCGGCUCGACGCGGCGACGCGCGCGCCCUCUGGAGCGCGCCCAUUCCGACACUGACUGCAGGUAUCGAGACAGUGGCUACAGCAGCGGGCGGGUGCGACGGCCCCGGCAGCCGCCGCCGGCGCACGCGGCGUCACUGCCGCGCACCAAGUCACAGCCGCCGCUGCACGGGAGACCACACGCCGCAAGAGAUUAUGACAUAGAGGAUCCCUCACCAGUCCGCUAUGAAAAAUAUAACAGAGAAAGUCGAGACACUUACGAUGAAGAUGAGGAGUUUCCCAAGAUUUCCUUACCGCUCCAAGAUCUCGAGGCAGCUUUAAAAGAGCUAGACAAUCACCACAUGAAGAUAGCAUCGUCAAAAGCUGAUCUCAGGAGCAAAUCUUUGCCUCGACCAGCUAAAGCCAAACCAGAGUAUGGUCCUAGACGAGACUUUGAUGAUCAGAGACACUUUGAUGAUGAGCCUAAGGACAUGUUCGAGAUGCAUGACCUACAUGACGUGGACUAUGAGAACUACAAGGAGAGGCAGGCGCUGGAGAGAGAGCGCCGGAGAGAGAGAGAGGACCUGUACGCUUACAGAGACCGCGGGUACGACCCUGAAGAUGAGGACUUUGAGUUUGAUUAUCCGAAGGGCAGGAGGUCAAGACGGGACUUGAGAUCGGAGCGCGGUAGAUCAGAAUACAUAGAGCGUGAGGAGCCGUGGGACCGCACCAACAGGCGCCAGCGCCGAGCCCGCUCAGCCAUCUAUGACAACGAGCAGCGCUGGGACGAGGAGCGCCCGCCGCCGCCACCCGAGCCACCGCGCCGCCCGCUGCGGAGACUGCAAACUGUAGACGACUCCAGAUAUCGCACGCAUACGCCUUCAGUGGAAAGAGAUGACUGGAGCGAUGACGUGGAGGCGGUGGUGGUGCCUCGCCGGGGCAGGCCCCCUGCAGCGUGGGGCUCUCGAGCGUCUGAGAUAUACCACCCACCUUCCGAUGUCGUAAAAGAGGAGAUAAAGCCGGUGCCGAUCUGGCUGUGCGUGUUCCUGGUGGCGUCGUACAUCGUGGCGGGCACGUUCCUCUUCAAGAGCUGGGAGAGCUGGGAGUACCUGGACGCCGCCUACUUCUGCUUCAUCACGCUCACUACCAUCGGCUUCGGGGACUUCGUGCCUGCACAGGGUCAGAGCGUGGAGGACACGCAAGCGGCCGUGCACUCGAUAGCGCUGUGCUCGCUGUACCUGCUGUUCGGCAUCGCACUCCUGGCCAUGUCCUUCAACCUGGUGCAGGAGGAGGUGCGCGCCAACGUGGCCGCGCUCGCCACCAAGCUCGGCAUCAUCAAGCCGAGGGAUACUCACCAGGACUCUGACAGUGACUACUGAUGUUACACGUUCUAAGUAAAUGAAAUAGUUUUUUUUUGGGUGAUGAAGUGAGAAGUUCGUUGUUACGAUUCUCUUUAUAUGUAUGUAGAUACCUAAUUGCGCUAAGGUAUUGCGACUAUAGAUCGACAGCAAUCUGUUGGGACUAACUUUGCCAAAGUGGUUGGUGUUGUGUGUGAUGAAGAACAAUUUGAUCUUCUGUGUAGUUGUAUUUAUGUGUACAUACCUAAUUGUAAGAAGGAAACUUAGAAAUGUAUAAGAUUGAAGCAUUUACACAUUGCGAUUUGCUUGCAAUUAUUGAAAUAUGUUUUGUACUACAAAUUGUGUUAUUGCAAUAAAUUGUAUUUAUUGUCAUAAGAAA